AUGGCACAUGUAUCUUAUCCAUUUAAGAAGAUCAAUAAGGCAGUUUUUCAGAAGCCAGCUUCAGCUAUUUCUAAAGAUGCUAUUUACUGGAAGAAACUCGGUUUACCGGUACUUGUUAAAGAAUUUGGUGCAAUAGAUUACAUUGACUUUAGCCCCAUUGAACCACACUAUUUUGCUGCAACAUGUUCCUUGAGAAUACAGAUAUAUGACCCAAUUACAAAAGUUGUUGCCAAGAAUAUUUCAAAAUUUAAAGAAGCUGCCUAUGGAGCAACAUUCAGAAAUGAUGGUCGACUUUUAAUAUCUGGAAGUGAGGAAGCUGCUGUUAAACUGUUUGAUGUUCAAUCUAAAAGUGUCCUUCGAGUAUUUUCUGGUCAUACUGGUCCUGUGCACCGGACGUUUUUCACUAAGGAUCAAGUAAAAGUGCUGAGCUUCUCAGAUGAUAAGUCGGUCUGCCUCUGGGACAUUGCUACUGAAGAAAAGAUUGCCAGUUUCUCUGAACAUACAGAUUAUAUUAGAGCUGGAGCGCCCAGUCCAUUGUCAUCAGAAAUAAUUCUUUCUGGCGGAUAUGAUCAUAUGGUUAAGUUAUAUGAUUGUAGAUGUAAUGAGACAGUGCUCAGUGUCAAUCACGGUAGCCCAGUUGAAUCAACACUUUUUUUACCCUCUGGUGGGAUAUUUGUUAGUGCAGGAGGAACAGAAAUUAAAGUAUGGGAUAUAUUCAAUGGGGGCAAACUUUUAGCCAAUAUUUCACAACAUCAUAAAACAGUUACUGCUGUCAGACUAGCAUCCAACAAUAGUAGGCUGGUGUCAGCUUCAUUAGAUAGACAUGUAAAAAUAUAUGAUGUGUCUACAUUCAAAGUAGUACAUAACAUUGAUUUUCCAAAUGCUGUGCUGAGUUUGGGUAUCUCAGAAAAAGAUGAUGUACUAGCAGUGGGCAUGAUAGACGGUGUUAUAUCAAUAAGAAAACGUGAACAGCCAGCAGAACCUUCAAAUGAAAAUAAAGGCUUAUUCAAAUUUGCACCUGAUCGGAUACUUACUUCAGAAUUCGUUGAUGUAGUAGUAAAAAAUCCUAAGGCACAAAAAGAGCAGCUGGCUGAAAAACAUCUUAAGAAAAUGCAAUUUACUGAGGCUUUGAAAAUUGUCAUAAAGCCCUACAUUGCAACUAAGUAUCCAGAAAGAACAGUAGCUAUAAUGCAAGAAUUACUGAAAAGGAAAGUUUUACAUGUAGCAAUGGAUGGUCUGGAAGAAAAAUCCCUAGAAUCAUUACUAAGGUUUUUGAAGAAAAAUCUUGGCGAAGUAAGAUUCACACAAACUGUUAUAGAUGUUUCAAAUACAUUUAUUGAUGUAUUUGAAAGCAAAAUAUCGUUAUUUUCAGAGAAAAAUAUUUUCUUGUAUAAAACUCUGCAAGAGGAAAUUAAGUAUGAAAUUGAUGUAUGUAAACGGGUUAGUGAGUUAGAAGGUGCUAUUGGACUACUGCUGUCUGCGGCACAAAUAAGUAGCCACAUUGAUACUAUUGAUCAUAAUGACGUAUUAGCUCCUUCAACUAAGGCUAGACAGGAAAUAAUUAUUGAUGUAUAA